AUGGAGAAUGCUGGCAAGAUGUUGUUUCGCCUACGAAAAAACUAUCGCGCUCGCGUCAAUGCUGUUGAAUGGGCGCAUACUAUGUUCUAUGGCGAGAACAUGUCUACCUUUGCCGCUUACAAGACUUAUUCCACAACCCUCCUGAUUCAUCCUCCCAACUACAAUGAAUCCAUGUUCGGCACCUCAUUUUCCAACGAGGGCAAUGCACACUACACGAUGCAACUUGUCACUCAGAUAUACAAAGAUGCCAGCAUUCUUGACGCCCGAGACCUUUCCCGACGUGGGUCCGUCCUUAUCAUCGCUCCAUACUCAGUACAGAAGAACUACUAUGAUCUUCUCCUGAGGGAGUUGACUGAGGCGGAAAUCCCCAAGUCAUUGGUCGAGGUGCGAACUGUCGACGACUCGCCCAGUCAUGAGGCAGACAUCGUUAUCGUGGACUGGGUACGCACUAACAACAGAGGGUUCAUCGCCGACCCAAAGCGAAUGUGUGUUGCGCUCUCUCGUGCACGCAUCGGUACAAUCAUGAUUGAUCCCGGAGACAAGGUGCCUUUGGCCUGGCCACUGAGCCACCUCGUUGAGUAUUGUAGUGACCGUAGUGCCGCGAUUGACUUGGGACGUCGCAAGGAAGACUAG